ACCACAUCCUAAUCGAAUAUCUUGUGGACCAAGCUCUGAUCGGGAAUUGGAACUGGAACAGGUAAAUCAAGCUUUAAGAGAUGAGUUAUCUAACGAAGUUUCAAUUAAUAGGUCGAAUGAGAAAUACAUAAAUGAGCUGGAGCGUAAAUAUACCAGAUGUGAGAAAGAAAUCCAAUCUCUUAACGAAGAACUGGAACGGCUCGAGAAUGCUUCAGAUGAGGAAAGGGCAGAGUUAAGAUCAGAAAACUCUAGCCUUUGUAUACAAAUCUAUAAUGCCAAGAAAGAGAUUCGAGAUAAGGUAUCUCACAUUGCUAAUAUAGAAAGACAGUUUCAAGAAUUGGAAGAGCGAGUUCAAAAUCUGAGAUAUAGAAUCAAAGUUAUUUCUUCCAGAAGAAGCUCUCCAAGCUUAUAUAAUUCAGAAAAGGAAGAUACAGAUAUGGCACAUUUAGAUCCCUUUACAAAUAUUACUAGGGGGGUUAACUCGACUCGAAAACUAUUUCAGAGGACAUGGUACACCAUUAAACAAUCCUGCCAAUAUUGUCCAAGAAUAGAUCGGGAUUUAGAUAAUAUUGCAAAUCAACGAGAUGCUCAAGAUGCUCAAAUAGUACAAUUACAGCAGGAUAUUAAUGGCUAUAGACAACGAAAUGGAGAUCUUCAAAAUCAAGUUAACCAGCUUACUCAAGAACAAGACACCUUUCAAGCUCAAGUAGCCCAACAACAACAAAACCUUGGAUUAUUAAAUCAGCAAAAUAUUGUUUUUCAAAGACAAAUAGAGGAGAUAGAAAAAUAUCGCAAUUUUUGGAAGUUGAAUGCUAUCUAUAUCAAAACUCCAAAAGACAGACGUAUUAGUUCAUUGUUACAUCAACAAUUUGCAUUACAGCUCCUGAAUAAGCGAUCAAACCAGCAAUUGGAACGGCAGUUGCGACAAUGCCAUAAUGAUAGGGUUUUCUUACAAUUUUGUCGAUUAUCAGCAUAUUUAGCUGGUAUAGAUAUAAAUCCAGUUGGUGGAGCUCGAGAUAGAGCAUUUGGUAUUCUUCGAGGAUAUUUAUCUGGAUCAGCAUUAGAUUGGUUUGAUCGAAAAAUUCUUGGUAAGCGGUGGGAACUUCAUAAUAUUCUUGCAAAUCAUGGACAAGCUAACAUAGCUGGUAUUCAAGGGCGUACUAUGGCACAGAUGAACACUUCUAAUAGUUUUAGAAAUCCCUCAAUUGCCCAUACCUAUGCUAAUGUUCCUGCUAAUAAUGCUGUAAUGAUUGGUAAUUCAAUGAUUCCUGCUGAAAGUUUUAAUGAAGAUUGGAGAUUGGCUGGAGGGCGACCAUCAGAUAGACCUGCCAAUGCAGUGAAUGCAGGUAAUAAUAAUGCUAUAAUAUUAGAUAAUAUACGAAUUGGACAGGCAUUAUAUUGGCUCAAGAAUGAAUAUCCUACUGUACUUAGUGAAAAACGCAGUCUAGUGUUUGGAUCAUUGGUACAAGGCGAUGACCCUUUAGGAACAUUUUAUGCAAAACUUAGAAAAUAUGGUAAUAUGUUAAAUCAUGAUGAGAAACAAAUCAAAGGUCAAUUUUUACGUGGCUUGUCGUCUGAUCUAGAGGAUGAUGCAGAUCGUAUUGGCACUGAACAACCUUUAGAAGAUCUUUUUACAACAUUGGAACGAAUUGAAACGCGUAGAUUGGAAAAAAGACUAGGAUUAACAUCUAAAAUUUCACAAUCGAAAUAUAAAUCAUCUCCAUCUAAAGGUUCAAAGAAUAUUUAUUCUGGAGAUACUGGUUUAACUGAAGCGGAUGUGGAAAGAAUUGUGAAAGCUCAAAUGACCUCAAUACAACCGACUUCUCCACAUUUACAGUCUUCAUCACAACAAAUUUCUCAGCCAGACUUACAAGCUAUAACCAAAUCAAUUCAAGAUACCUUGGCUAGAGCUGUUAAAACCUUAGAGAAUAAAAAAACAUCCUAUAAACAAAAAUCAGAUAAUGCAAAAAAGGUAGAAGAUAUUAUUAUCAAGCGAUUUUUAGAUGAGAUGCACAAGCAAAAUCCUGAUAUUGAUCCUAUCAAGAAAGAAUCCAAACCUCGCAAGACAAAACAGAAGGAUACUUCCACUUCUGGUAAGUCCAGAAAUAAAUUAACUCGUGUAGAACAGUCUCUCCAAAAAAUUGUAUUAGAUAUGCUUGAAAAAGCUUUACCUGCACAUUGGUUAGAGAAACUGAAAUCAGAAAUUGAAAAUCCAUCCAAGCCCUUUAGGGGCGACCCUAUGAGUCAUAUAUCUCCAUCUACCAAAAAAUCUGAUUAUAAUGAUUAUCGAGAACCAUCCCCCGAGAUUGAAUUAUUUCCUCAAUAG